UUUCUUUCAGGUCGGCAACUGUUAUAUACUUACCCGAACACAAAAUGUCUAUACAUGAUGACUCUAACAAGAAAUACGAAUUUAUUCCUAUAAGUGACCCUUUGGAUGUCGGAACCCGAAUUCAUUAUGACGAAUGUACAAAUAACGCCUUUUUUGUAGAUGUCCCGAACGGUAAUGCUUAUAGAUACGAUUUGGCAUCUGGCAACGUUACAAAAACUAAAGUUGGAAAUGAGCCCAUCGCCUUUAUGUUCCCAGUAGUGGGAUCCAACAACAAAUUUAUAGCAGGCCUUAGCAACAAAUUUGUAUCGGUUGAAUGGGAUGGUGUUAGUCCUCAAGUCUCAAAAGUCGAAAUCAUUAAAGAAAUUGAAACUGAUCCACAGUUAAAGGGUAACAGAUUAAAUGGUGGUAAGGUUGAUCCUUGGGGGAGACUAUGGGCAGGUACUAUGGGCCCAGCUGGUGCUGAUGGAGAAACUAUACCCCAGAGGGGAGCCUUGUAUAGUGUUGAAAAAGGAUCAGUCAAAAAACAUCUUUCCAAUAUCGGAAUUUCAAAUGGACUGGCUUGGAAUACUAAGAAGAUGAAGAUGUAUUACCUAGACACACUACAACCCAAAGUUUUUCAGUACGAUAUUACCAAGGACGGCGCGAUAAGUAACGAAAAAGUUAUUUUUGAAUUUGGGCCCCACAAAAUCGGAGGUAAACCAGAUGGGCUUACCAUAGACACCGACGGAAACUUAUGGAUUACAGCAAUAUUUGGUUCAACUUUAGUCAAAAUUAACCCGGAUGAUGGAAAACUUCUGGAAAAAAUUGUUAUGUCUACCCCACAACCUACUUCAAUUUCAUUUGGCGGCAAGAAUUUAAACGAAAUGUUUGUUACCACUGCAAGAAUUCCAGUUGAUGGUAAGAUUCCGCCUAAUCCUGCAGGAACAACAUAUAUCGUCAGAAACUCCGGUAGUUCUGGCUUCAAAGGGGAUAGAUACCAAUCGUAAACUAUGCCACUCUUUUAUAUAAUAUUUUACUUAAUAAACUAUUUGUGACGUAUA